AUGGCAGGGAAAGAGGGGGAUAAGGAGAGGGGGCGAGAAAAGGGUAGGGAGAAGAGCAGCAAGGAGAGAGGGAAAGAGGAUAAGGAGAAGGGAAGGGGGAGAUCGAAAGAGGAGAGGGAGAAGGGAAGGGGGAGAGAGAAAGAGAAGAGCAAGGGGACGCACAGGAGAGCCGAGAGUCCCGGAAGCAGCGUGAGCGGCGGAAGCGGCGUGUUCGUCUUCUGGUUUGACAUCUUCUCAAUCUUCCAGGACGAGGAGCAAGCACUCAUCCGUGCCUCCUCUUCCAUACCCCCGCAAUUUGCUCAAUCAUCCCUCACCCAGAACGAUUCACCACCAUCAUCGCCAGCAGCAGCCGCAGCAGCAGCAGCCGCAGCAGCAGCAGCAGCAGCAGCCGCAGCAGGAGAGUCAGCACAACAACCUACUGACACCACUCCUGCCUCCUCUCCUGCCAAUGCCACCGCCAACACUCCUUCGGACGGCUCCGAACCAAGCGCCGAACCAAGCUCCGAACCUGCAGCUCCUGACAGCAGCAGCGGGGGUGCUGGACACAGCGGUCUAUCUAACGAGCCUGAGGGGGGGGAUAUCGCGCACAUGUUUCGGCCGGCGCAGUGGCGGCAGCACACGUUCAGGCGUGUGGGGCUGGUGUCGUUUGCUCAGUUCUCCGGGUAUCGCGUGUCGCCCACCGAGUUUGCUGCUGUUGGUCUGGCCGCCCGCGCUCUGGAUGAAGGCAGGAAGUUUGCCGCUGUUGAGCUGGCUGCCCUGCCCGCGCCCUGGAUGAAGGCAGGAAGGGAUGUGAGGGGAUGGAUGGGGGAAAGCUUCUCCACACCUGCUGGAGGGAGGGAUGUGAGGGGAUGGAUGGGGGAAAGCUUCUCCACACCUGCUGGAGGGAGGGAUGUGAGGGGAUGGAUGGGGGAAAGCUUCUCCACACCUGCUGGAGGGAGGGAUGUGAGGGGAUGGAUGGGGGAAAGCUUCUCCACACCUGCUGGAGGGAGGGAUGUGAGGGGAUGGAUGGGGGAAAGCUUCUCCACACCUGCUGGAGGGAGGGAUGUGAGGGGAUGGAUGGGGGAAAGCUUCUCCACACCUGCUGGAGGGAGGGAUGUGAGGGGAUGGAUGGGGGAAAGCUUCUCCACACCUGCUGGAGGGAGGGAUGUGAGGGGAUGGAUGGGGGAAAGCUUCUCCACACCUGCUGGAGGGAGGGAUGUGAGGGGAUGGAUGGGGGAAAGCUUCUCCACACCUGCUGGAGGGAGGGAUGUGAGGGGAUGGAUGGGUGAAAGCUUCUCCACGACUCAAAAGUCACACACACUCACCUUCUCCUCCAGCUUCUCCACACCUGCUGCUGAAGUGUUCAAAAGGAGGCAACUAGAGGAGGGAGGAGGGGACGCCACAGCAGCACAGGAAAGUGGGGAAAAGGCGGGAGGAGGGGAAGGGGGAGGAGAAGGUGCGGGAGGGAAUGGCUCAUCUGCUGACUCACCUGGUGAAUCACAUGAGAGUGAUCCCUCUGUGAAUGGGGAGAAACCGGGGGAGUCGAGGGAGGAGGAGGAGGAGAGGAGGGAGGAGGCGGAGGAGGAGGAGAGGGGGUGGAUCCAUGGCAGUGUGGAGGUGCUACACGUGGGAGAACACCAUUGGUGGAAAUAUGCCGGGCUCAUUCUGCUCUGCACACUCAAGAGGGAAGCAUAUGUAGCAGAGGGAGGAUGGCUGCACAUGCGCAUAGACGGGGAGGACGUGGUGGUGUAUGAGGAGCAGGCGGGGGAGGUGGUGAACGCCGUGCCGCAUGCCCCCUUCCUGCACAACAUCACGCACUGCUCGCCCCCCAUCCACCACCAGGUCAGAGCGGAGCGUGUCCGCCAGUGGAUGGAUCUGCACAUCCGCAUGGGAGUGGACCAUUAUGUUCUCUACGAUGUGGGCGGGGUGGACCUGCAACUGCGCUCCGUGCUCCAGCCGUUUUUGGAUGGAGGGAUCGUGGAAGUCACCGACUUUCGUGACGUGGUGAACUAUGAGUCAUGGUAUUAUGGACAGGUGAUGAUAGUGAACGAUUGUGUGUAUCGCUUCCGCCGCCUUUCCAAGUGGCUCAUGUACCUUGACUUUGACGAGUUCAUCUUUAUGGAUGGGCAGGAGCGAGUACCCAACCCAAUGAGCGUGCACGACUUUCUCGCCCCUCACGAGGGACUGCCCUAUGUGAGCCACGGGUGCCUGUGGUGGGACCACGAGCGCUGCCUUCCUGCCCAAGGCGACAACGACCCCAGGUGGCCAUUGGAGCGAAUGUUGUGGCACUGGCCGUUCAUCUACUGCCAGGCCAAGGACAACACCACCGACCCUAAACUGUGCCUCAACCACUGGGGCCACCGCAAGCUGUUUGUCGAUCCCAGGAAGGUGCGAGUGGUGGAGAACCAUAUCGUUGCAGACCCAAGCGGGGGAGGGAAGGACCUGCCCACAGACGCACUCAGGCACCACCACUUCCGCGGUAUAAUAAAGUAUGGAGCGAGCGAGUGCAGUAUGCGCAUGAAGGAUGACGACCCCAUCGAAUGGUGGGCACACGGGACCGAGGAGGCGGACAGAAUGCACUAUGUGCGAACACACCCGCUCGAUGUGCCGUCUCUUGUUGCUUCACACAAGUGGUGGAAAGACUAUGUGCUAAGGACACAACGUGGCCAGUAA